UACGAGCUGCAAGCGAGAUGCUGUUCCAGCAUUUUUAUAUGAAUUUUUUUAUUUUUAUUUUAUUCCUAUUUUUUAUAUUCACUGAAAGUUCUGUCCCUGCAUUAGUAUGCCUCAGAUGUGACAAGGAGUUUUAUAAAAUCAAGGACGAAUUUGUAAACUUGUUUGACAAGGGACACAAGCUAGAUGCUAUUGAAUAUUCCAAAGCCGGUUUUAUUAAAAGAUUCUUGGAAAAAGUAUUUACCAUGACCUUUGAGGGCGUUGUUUCCAAAAUGGAAGGAAGGACACUGGAUACCCUCGGGAUAGCUGAACUGGCCAAAGAGUUCCGAAAAACAAUGAAAUCUAUAGCAAAUACUAAAGAGACAGGAACCAAACGUAUGAAAGUCAUACAAUCAAACAUACAAGAGCUCCAACGGAAAGCGGAGGCUAUUGUUCAAAUGUUUGAGCAAGAACGUGCAUGCCCCAACCUGAAAGGUGGAUUCAAAUGUGGCAUUCUUGAGCAGAAAGUCAUUCAGUGCGGCACGUGCAGGGAGCAGACUCUGCCGUGUGUCGGGGGCUCCAAUGAGAACAAAUGUAACGAUAUUAUGACCAACUGCCUGAUGUGCAUAUGUCACGGAAAAGUAUGUCACCACAGAACAACUGGGAAGCCGUGUCAACCUUGCACUGACUACCACAAGUGCCUCAAUGAGAUGCUACAUUGUAAAGAUCAGGAUCUGCAAGUUGCUGAAGGAGAAGAUCUAAAGUUCGACUGCAACGUGAAGUUUCUAAACAACAUUGGUGGAAAUCUUGAAUUUGUAUUAGAAAAGAAAGAUGAAUCGGGAAUCUCACCCUUGAAGAGUGUCAACAAACACGACAUUCUUAUACACAAAGUUGACAAGGAGUUUUCAGGUCGUUACACCUGUACGGCAAAGAGCAAGGAUUCAAUGUUCCCGAUAAGCAGAGUGGAUUUUACUGUGAAAGUUGUGAGCGCACCGAAACCCCAAUCUCUGGGCUCAUCACUUUCACCUCCUGCUGAAGAAAUGAAAGAUGCAUUUAAAGAUAACCAGUUGGCCCAAAUCACAGUGAUAUGUGCUACGGUUAUCUCCCUGGCGAUUACUGCAUCAAUAAUGACUUGCAUAUGUUUGUUAAUAAGAGAAAGAAAGAGAGAAGAAAAGGCUUCUGCCCAGAAGGAACUGGAAGAAGUGAAGAUCUCCACGGAUAUUAAGAAGAGCAAGCCGGGCACGAGAGAAAAGGCAACACAAACAGGUGUCUGAGGGCAACAGAUAUUCCGUUCCCCUAUGGCUGUACCCCAAGGACAUUCUGUUACAUGUGUGUGUGCCGGUACAUGUUAACUGCCAUAGCCGCGGCCCUGAAUACUUAUACAGCGCUCCCUCUUUAUACCCCUUAUUAUCAGCUCCUGUUAUAGAGGCUGAUGUUAUUUAAAGGGCAUUUGCCAAAAUAAUGAAUACGUUGGUGCGGAAGGGCGAUAGCGGGAUGGUCGGUGGGUUGGGGUAUAAAGAGGGAGCAGACGCUGCUGUUGUGUAUUCAGAAAGAUAUUAUGUACGUACAAUACUCAGCGCUCUUGGUGGUACAUCACUUAUGUUGUAGACAUCACAGAAGACUGUUAAAAAACUUUCUUUUGGUCUAUUAAAAUAUUGUACAAUAAA